AGCAGCUUGCAGUGGCUGAUGUGAGCCACAGCCCUGCCUGGGACGGGGAAGGGAAGCUGGGCACUCCCAGCAGCACUGGCAUGGGGUACUUGCCUUCUGCCCAGAGUUGUGCUGUCCUGCAAGAGGGCAGAAGGAAAAUGGUGUGUGUCUCCUGGGCUGUGCUCCCUCAGGUAGGUGGAUGCUCUGUAGCUUCCUGCUUCAGGGCUGGAGGUGGAGGGAUGCCUGGGACAGCCUUCCUGGGUGGCACAGAGGGCUGUGCUCAAGCCCUUUCCCACCAACAUCUGAUGGCGUCUGAUGUGAAGAGGAGUUCCAGCGGCAACUGCAGUGGGGCUAGUGCAGAGAAAGCUAGGGAAGCACUCAGGGUGUUUCCUGGGAUGUAAAGUCACAGGGGCAGCCGAGAUGGUGGUGGCUGCAUGCCAGGAACCUGUGUGGCAGAGGGCCCAGGCUGUCUUCCCUGCCCUGAGGGCUGGCAUAGAGCCAGGGUCAAGUGCUCAUCCUGCAGCACAAGGUUACAGAGGUGCCUGGGCUCCUCAGCCUGCAGGAGAGGUGGCCAAUGCAAACACAAUGGAGCAGUCUGGAGUGGUGUGAGAGCAGUGAAAACCCCAUGGCAAGAGAACAUAAGGCCCCACAAUUGCAACAAGAGCUUGUUCUUCACACGCUGGCAGCACCUCACCAUGAUAGGUGAUGAGCAUCAUUGACCUGGAGGGACUCAGGGUGUGCUGUGACAGCACAUCUGGCUGAGGGGGAGCAGCCCCAGCCUAGGCUCAUCCUUUGUGGUCCUUGGCACCUGCAGGUUACCCAAGAGGACUAAGGUGAAUGUCUACCCUGUGUUGUCCAGUAGCUCCAACUCCCUCUAUCAGCUGCCUCAGCCACAGGCAAUCUCACAAGCUGCAAAAUAAAUGGUGGAGUUUUUUGGCCGUGCACUGAAGCACCAAGCUUGCUCUCCUUGCAGGGUGCCAGGCACUAGGAAAUGCCUCUUGAGCACCCAGAGUCCCCAAGCUGGGUUAUGUGGUACUGAGCACAGAGGCUCCUCAAUCCUGUCCAUGAAUGGCUGUCACUGAGAGGAAUCACAAUCUCUGGGGCAUCGAAGAGAGACAACAGGCCCCAAAAAGGCUCAGCACCCCAGGCCAGAGCUGCCUCUAGGAAAGCAAACCUUUAUCAGGGAGAAGUCUUCUCUGGGAAGAAAAGAAGGGGCUCAUCAGGGAGAGGGGUCACUGACACCCCACUUCUCUUCAAGGAUUCUCUUUGGCUCAGGGGUGCUGUGGCUCUAACCUGCCUCUUCCAGGAACCUACUGCAGGCCUGGGCACGGGACACUGCUCACCACAUUGGUCCACGUGCCUCCAGUGUAUUUUCUUGGCUUAUCAGCUCCUUCUCCCAGCACCCAGCUCAGUCAAUCAGUAAUGCUGGAGAGCAUCUCCCAGUCUGGCAGACUAGACACAGGAUGUUCUGCAGGGCUGGCAGGAGCUGGGCAGAUGUGUGCCCCACAGGGAGAUAUCUGCUGCCUUUGUCACUGCCCCCUCCUGAGCGGCAGGUUUGCUUUAAAGACCCUGGCUUCCUUUUAUUACUUCCCCUCUCAAAUUUCAACUGGCUGCAAGGGCUAUUUUUAGCAGCCUGCCUUCUAAAAAUAGCCCUGAGCUGUUUGGAAUUGCGUCACAAGAGGUAACUCUCUCAGUGAGUGGCUUGGCCUCUGCACCUCAGGAGGGUACAAAAGGAGGCCAGGAGCAGCAGGGUCAGCAGGUUCAGCCACAGCCAGAGGCGAAGGAGGCAGCGGUUCCCUGCCAGCUUCAGGCCAUCCCAGCCCCGGCAGCAUGACCAUCUUCUGCAGCCACUGCCACCGGCCACUGCAGGCAGAGAUGAGCUGCCUGCCCACGAGGGCCAAGCAGGCACCCAGUGCCUCCAGGCCGUUCAGGUCAACCAAGAGUGCCUCCAAGGCUCGCCGAGACCAGAUCAAUGCGGAGCUGCAGGCACUGCGCUCCCUGCUGCCCAUCUCUGCACAGGAGAAGGAGCGACUCUCCUACCUCCACACCAUGGCCCUGGUGUGCCUCCGGCUGCGGGGGGCUCAGCUGUUCCCUCCAGGCUUGGCUCCUCCUGCGGGACCGGCCCUCGGCACAGAACUACUCUCCCUGCUCCCGGGGUUUCUGCUUGUGCUCUCAGCAGACAGCAAGCUGGUCUACAUCUCAGAGAACGUGGCUCAGGUCCUGGGCCUCUCCGUGGUGGAGCUGCUCGCCCAGGGGGACACGGUCUUUGACAUCCUGGAUGGGCGAGUGGGAGAGGAUGUGCACAAGAAGCUCCUCCUUGCCCGGGAGGAGCCUGGCAGAGAAGUUACUUUUGUCAGCGAGAUGCGCACGUCCAAGGCCUUCCGGCUGCAGCACGGGGGGAAUCGGGUCGUGGCAGUGUGCGGGCGCUUUGUGGCUCUGUGCUGGCCACCCUCCCCCUCCACCACAGCCUUCCUGGCCCUCUGCACACCCGUUGUGCAGUCGCCCACAGAUGGCGAAGCUGCUUCCCAGGACGACAUAUUCCAGAGCAUGCAUCUACUGGACAUGACAUUUAUUGAUGUCACGGAGAGUGUCACCUACCACCUCGGCUACCACAGGGAGGAGCUGGUCGGUCAGUCGUGGUACAGCCUCCUGCACCCUGAGGAUGCUGACCUGGCAGCUGCCCAGCACAGGGCCGUGGGUGAGUGUCAGGCCCGGGAAGGUGCGUGCUGUCCCCCUCCUUCCAUGGUCUGGUUAAUGCCUGAAACGUGGCUACCCAGGAAGCAGCGAAAAAGCAAAUUGAGCCCUCCCUGUUGUGACUCCUUGCUCCAAAAAAGACGAGGCAGGGAAGUGGUUACACACCCCAUACACUGUGUAUAUGUAGUUUCCAAGCUGGGUGCGGGCAUCGUACUUUGCCACGGUAUACAGAAGAGGGACAAACCCACUUGAGCGCUACCUCUUUGGGAGGGCAGGACCGCUACGGACCUGAUUCUGCUCUGGGUGGCUUCUGUCCCGCUGGGGCCAGACUAGUGACCGGCGGCAGAGCCCAUCGGGGCAGCCUUCGGGCUAUCCAGGCAGCCUGGGGCCGU